UGGAUCAUAAGGUCACUACGGGAGAUGACGCAUAAGCGCAUACUGUGAAUGAUUCACACAACACUGCCACCUGUAUUUCUGCUCUAAAUGACACCUGGCUUCGCUUAUAUGUAUUUAUUAUAAUAUAGUCUAAAAGAAACCCUAGGUACUAUACAAGUACAUCUUUGAUGACAAUUACAUCAUUAUAAACAGACAUUGAUUUGGGUUAAUGCUCAGAGAAAUGAGGAACAUGUAGUAUGUGCUACUAUCUUUGGUAAAGAGAGGGAUGUGUGGAGGAGUCCUUAGACAUUUUCCUGAUUUUUUUCCCUGUGUUUAAAUGAAGAUUGUAUGUGUUUUUGUUAUUUAAAAAAAAACACACUCUUUGUCUGAUGUUGGAAGACUAGCGAUGUCCUGUUAGGUCCGAAUGACUGCUUUUAGAAAAACAGAUAAUCACACCAAGAUAGAGCUGAGCACCUGCUGGUCUGUGGUUUUCCAGCUCCAUCACUGACUUGACAAACAUUAAUUAUGCUCAAUUUGAAUAACAAUUUGGCAAUUUCUAAAUUGUCAUUUAGACAGCUACGCUUUUAAAAUAUUAAAAUUGCAAUUGAUACCCACCAAGGUUAAUGGGAACCUUGAACCCCCCCUCCCCACUCUUUGGAUUUUGACAGCAGCCAUUUGCACUACUAGCUUUGGUUUCUACUAGUAAACAUUUUUCACAAAGACAUAUCUGGAGUAUUUUCAAAAAUGAGCACAGAAAAAAACCUUGACAAACAAAAUACUUACUCUGGUCAAAUUUUUAAAAAGACAAAUUGAUUUUUUUUUCAUAAUCCACUUUUAAAUCAUUCUCCAAAAGGACUUUUUAAAAUUAUUUGCUCAUCACUGCUGACCUCGUCCAGUUGCUUCUCAAAUAGCGGGUGUAGACCCCAUAGCUUCAGCUAUUACAGGGAAAUGGGGUGUCAAGGUGUCAGUUUAAUUUUUUUUUUCCAGGAUGGGGGAUUCUACUGACUUCGACAAUAGGUCUAUCUAAAUCCAUAACUCUGCAGAAAAUCUUUGACGACCUACUGCCUGACUAACGACCCUGUCACCGGCCAGUGACACAAUAUUCGUGUUUUUUUCCGGUCUACUCAGUUAUUCUUCAGAGUUAACAAACGUAAAAAACCAAGUCCAUGUCGUCUAUGUGCGCGAUCCAGUUCCGUGUCUUUAAGCCGCGGAUCUGUGGAGUGUGACAGUUCAAUCCGCGUGGAGCAGCGUGUCCAGGUUUUCCUGGUCGCUCCCGCUGCUGCUGCUGCUGUUGCCUGUUGGCUACGUUGUAUCAGUUCCCACACGGAGAAGCACCGCGGCGUCCAUCCACAAACAGUGAACACGGAGGAAUUAAGGCUGGAUGGGAAGCUGCUGGCUGAGGGAGAGUGGCCGGAGUGGACCGGACUUGUGUCGGGACAUUGAUGAAAAUGUUCUCCGGACCGGGUUGUUGUCGGUGUGGACGGUAUCGCGAAGUGUGAUGGCAGAAGUCCAGUGAAUCGCUGGCCUCUCUCCUCUGCUCUUGUGUUGGAUGUCUUGGGGAGUGCGCUGCCACUGCUUUCUGCUGCUUCGGAUUUUUUUUUCCAUUUUCCUUUCUCUUUCUCUCUUCCCUAGAGGCUUUUUUGUCAUUCAGGCUUUUUACACUGACUUGUUCUUUUUAUGGAGUGCACAUUACCAUGGACACUCAGGGAUUUGGAAUAGGAGUGUCUAGCUAAGUCGGGAAUAUGUGGUUAAAUGGAACAGAAACAAGUACACCGUGAGGAUUCUUUAUCCCUUGCCCCAGGAGCCCAACCAUCUGAGAGGGUGUUGGACGUCAGUGAGGCAAUCCUGGGCCGUUGGCACUAAAAUGUCCCUAAGUGGUGGCACUGCAGGCGGGAAAGGUGUGGACUCUAAUGCGGUGGACACUUAUGACAGCGGGGAUGAGUGGGAUAUCGGUGUUGGAAAUCUGAUUAUUGACCUUGACGCUGACUUAGAGAAAGAUAAACUUGAGAUGUCUGGUACCAAGGACAGCAUGGCAGCACCACCUAGUGCAGUGGCAGCGUUGCCCGACAACAUCAGGUUCGUUAGUCCAGUGUCUGGAACCCAAGGCAAGGAAAGCAAAUCUAAAUACAAGCGCAGUAAAAACUCUAAAGACAAUAGUAGCAAAGCUUCAGCAGGUGAUAUGGGUAAAAAAGAAACCCCAGGACGGACUCAGGGGGAGCCGACCAGUACAGCAGCGGGAACAGGAGCUGCUGGCACUAAUUCCAUCUCUGGGAGGAACAUGGAAAAGGGAGGCAAAGCCUCUCGGGGUGUUAUGAGUGGUAAGAAAGAAAAGGACGGGGCUAGUGGGAAAAAUAAGAAGGACAAAACAGAUGGAGCCCCGGUCGUUGCAAUAGCUGCUUCGGAGAUGGAUGUUGUGUCUCAAGCCCAAGUUGCUCUGGGGAAUAGUCGUAAUGCAUCCUUUGAGAACACACAAUCAACAGACUUGGCAGAAGCCAAUCAAAUGGGGAAUAUUGCACUUGAACAAGUUGGGAUAGUACCAGCAUUAUCCACUAAAACUGAACCAGAGGAGGUGGAGAAUGGUAGCAGUGAUUGCAAGACAAUAAAAAAGGUGAAAAAUGAAAAGAUGGAAUCUCCUGUCUCCACACCAGCCCCUCCUCCCCUCCACCUCCUGGCUACGGUCGGUAACAGUGAGAUUGCCUCACCAUGUGAGCAGAUAAUGGUGCGAACGCGCUCCGUGGCCGUGAACACUUCUGAUGUGGCCCUGGCCACUGAGCCCGAGUGUUUAGGGCCCUGCGAACCUGGUACCAGCGUCAAUCUGGAAGGUAUCGUGUGGCAAGAAACCGAGGAUGGUAUGCUGGUGGUCAAUGUUACCUGGAGAAACAAGACCUACGUGGGCACCUUACUGGACUGCACACGGCAUGACUGGGCUCCCCCACGGUUUUGUGAAUCACCUAACAGUGAUCUCGAGAUGAGGAACGGUCGUGGCCGAGGCAAACGAAUGAGACCCAACAGCAACGCGCCUAUUAACGAGAACAGCAACUCAUCAGACAAUAAAGGCGCCGCCCACAACAAGACACGAGCUGCUGCCAACAGCAAAGGUCGAAGGGGCAGCCAAACGCCCUCAGAGCGCCGCACUCCUCCUAACAGUAACACAGAGGACAUUAAGGCCAGUCCCUCGUCAGUCGGAAAACGCAAAACCAAACCCAUCUCAGACAUGGAGCCGAACUCUAGCUCAGAGGACACCAAAGGCAACAAACGUAUGCGUACCAACUCCAACAGUGGAGGGGUGGGACCAACAGGUCUGCCUGUUCCCUCUAUAAAGACUGAGACACUUCCACCUCCCCUCGAUCGCAGCUGCUCCUCCCCAGUUCUCAUCGAUUGUCCACACCCUAACUGUAAUAAAAAAUACAAGCACAUAAACGGUCUGAAAUACCAUCAAGCUCGUGCCCACAAUGAUGAUGACAUAAAGUUGGACUUAGACGCAGACAGUGAAUAUGGGGAAGAUUCAACUCUUCACCCUGAACCGGGGAACUGUAACGGAGCCUCCCAAAAAGGGUCUCUUUCUCCAGCACGUUCUGUUACCCCAAAAGGCAGGAACUUUGAUGCUCAAAGUCCUUCUCCUUCUCCUGGUAAGUUUGCUUCAAAGCAGAAUAAAAAGAAAAUUGCUGAGGCAGAUCCAGAAACAGGAUGUACACCCAUGGAUGGGUGUGAGGAUGGGCCGUGUCUCACUGAUGAGGCCAGUAAUGAUGGUGUAGAUGAUAAAAGAGGAUCGGAAAAGUCCAAAAAGGUUAGCACAAAGGCGGAUAAAAUGGCACACAAAACCAUGAAAUCACCACGGCCUGUUGGCUCUGGCACAACAGCAUCCCAGCAGAUGUAUUCCUUUCCCCCUGGAAACCCAAAUUCUUCCCCUGGAAUGAACCCAAUGAUUCAGGGUAUCCCAAAGAGCCCCCAAAUGAAAGGCACACAGCCUAAACCUCCUGCCAUCGUAGAUCCUGUCUCAAGUAGCUCCAAAGACAAGAAAAAGAAAGAAAAAAAGAAAAAAGAUGGUGGGAAGGAAGCUGACAGCCCUAAACCCCCAGGAAAGGGAGGAAAGAUGGAGGAAGGUAAGCUUCCAUACUCAGAGCCCUGUGAUCAAGGGAAUAAGGGGGAAGGACUGAUUAAUGGUUCCUCAGAUCCUCAUCAGAGCCGCUUGGCUAGUAUAAAGGCUGAGGCUGACAAGAUCUACAGCUUUUCUGACAAUGCCCCCAGUCCAUCCAUAGGUGUAGCCAGUCGGAUAGAUGGUAGUGGAAUGCCACAACCUGUCACCCCCCUACACAUGAACCAGAAUGGUGCUGACAACUCUUCAGUAAAAACAAACAGCCCAGCAUAUUCUGACAUUUCCGACGCUGGGGAGGAUGGUGAGGGGAAAGUGGAGGGUGGUAAAGUCAGGACGGAGGACCAAGCCAUUAGGGAAAAUGUCAAAAAAGCACUUUUUUCAAAUCAAACAACACCCAAUAAGGACUCUCCAUUCUACUCCGGCUACGAGACCUAUUACUCACCAAACUAUGUCAACCCCAAUGUCAGUGGAACUACUCCAGGAACACCAGCAAUUGAAGGUCAGGUCAAAAUCAAAAGGGAGGAAGACCAGGACCUAGUUGAGGAGAAAGUCAAGGUUGAGAUUCACGAAGAUCGUAAACCUGACAUCAGUGCUCCUGGGCCACAGCAACAGCAACAGCAACCCUCAGUCAUUCAACAAAGAUCCAACAUGUACAUGCAACCUCUUUACUACAACCAAUAUGCUUAUGUGCCACCAUAUGCAUAUCAUCCCGAUCAGGCCUAUCAUAACCACUUGAUGAACACCAACCCAGCGUACAGGCAGCAGUAUGAGGAGCGUCAGCGUCAGAUUGCAGAGCAGCAUCGUGCUGCUGAAAAGAAGCCAGACAUAGCCUUAAAGGAGCGAGAAGCAUCCUUCAAGGACGAGUGGAAACAAAAAAGUCCAAUGCCACCAAGUCUCUCCAAAACCUCGAGUCAGUCUGAGCUUGGAAAGCCCUCACAGCACCCAGGGAAAUCGAGAGACUCACCCCCUGAGCAGUCCUCCAAGUCUAUUGCAAGUAUAAAGGGAGAGGACACAAAGUCCCAGCAGGCUGAGGGGCUAAAGAUGAAAAUGACUGAAGGGAUCCAUCAUGGAAAGGAAGAAUCCAAGCCAUUGGAGUCCAGAGGUCCAGCAGGGAUUGAGCAAGCCAUGUGGUACAGACAGCAGUAUCCUGACAGCCAGAAGCCCCAAGCAGAGGAAGAACACCCGCAACCUCGAUGGAAAGAGGACAGGGAAAGGGAGCGGGAGCGGGAUCGAAAAUUAAAGGAAGACAGGCCUCGACCCAAGGACAGUCAAAGUGGGCCUAAAGAGGAUGGCAAGGACACUAGUGAUGUCAGAAUAAUGUCUGAGGACCCCCGCAUCAUGAGCAAAGACUCUCGUUCUAAUCCUCACAUGCAGUUUUCGUCACCGCUAGCGCAACACCAAGGCUAUAUGCCCUACAUGCACGGUUACCCAUACGGACAAGGUUUUGACCCAAACCACCCUGGAUACAGGGGUAUUCCCUCUGUCAUGAUGCAGAAUUACCCAGGUUCUUACCUACCUGGAGGUUAUCCUUUUUCUCCAUAUGGAGGUAAAAUAAGUGGAGGUGAGGAAGGCGGAGACAAAUCUCGUGCUAGUCCCACUGUCACGAAAACAGCAACAGACUCCAAAGCCCUGGAAGUCCUGCAUCAGCACGCGAGCCAAUACAAAAGUAAAUCCCCCACAGUAGCUGACAAGGCCCCCCAUGACAGGGAGAGGGAGCAGGACAGAGGAGGUUGCGACAGAGAUCGGGAAAGGGAGCGCGAGAGGGAACGGGAAAGAGACAUGGACCGCCCGCGCUCCUCCCCUUCCCAACGCAUUAUGCCCUCUCACCACCACAUGGGAUACCCUCUGCUCUCAGGGCAAUAUGACCUGUCCUAUACAACAGGGAAACCUGACCGUCACACCUCAACCCUGCAAAGAUUCAUGUGACUGGCUCACAUGAGAGGACCAUCUCCUGGGCGAUAACCUUUUAGACAUCAGUUGAAUGGUGUUCCUAACUCUAUUUUUUAUUUCUUCUGCCGUAAGGGCAGGCAGAUUGUCUCUUUUUUUCCUCCCCCUCAUAAGUCACCCUAAACUCUCCACACACCGGACUGUGACAGGACUGAUAAUAACCCAGGUUCAAAGCCAUCACUCUGCCCUAUCACGCAGAGAAAACACCAACCCGCUGAUUAUCUAGUCUUUGCACUGUCAACAAAUACAAUGCAAAAAGAGACAAUUGAACUGUCAGACAGCUUUUAUGUUUAUGUUUUUUUUUCUUUGACUGCAUUGUUUUUGUCGCACUCGAAUUGAAUUGGCAGUAAUUUGGGGAAGAUGGGUGGGUGAUGGGAAAAAGGAUUUAAAUUUAGGACUUGGGCGGGGGAGGGGGAGUAAAUCAUUUAAAAUGGUUUAAACUCACGUCUUUGGCUUCUCUUAUGCUGUGAAACAACAGUAUGUCUUUAACUUGACUAGUGUUUGGCUAUAUUUUGUGGGGGUGAUGGAAUAUGGCAACAGCUGCUUUUUUCAGAGACUUUAAAGCCUGAAACUGAUGUUCUUUAUUUCCCCAUCGUCAUUGUUAUUUCCCAGCCUCUUUGAAUCCACCGUCUUGUUUCAGGGAUGAUGUCCAGGGUUUUUUUUUUUUCUUUUGCAAAGGGACCGCGUAGACCUCAAAGGUGAAUAAACACUAUUCAUGUUUUUACUUCUCAUUGAUCUUUUAGUUUGACUUCACAUCACUGGGUUCAUCUUUGAAUGUGUCGGCUGCUGGUGUUAGUCCUUUAUUUCCUCACAUCUAUAGGGUCAGGUCUGUCUUUAGCACACGGUGAAGCCACGUUAGCGAGCAGUUAUUUCACAGGGCCAUUCUCAUUGGGCUGCUCGUGUUUCUACUGUAACAUCCUCCUUCAUUCAACUCGUGCUGUUUCUGUGAACAAUGUGAAACCUCACUCAGCUCAUGUUUUUUUUUUUCCUGCUGUAAAAAAGACGUCAAACCAACAUCACGUGCAGAAAUAUAAAUAUUUAUCCCAAAACAGAAAUGUUUGAAACGACUGUCACUGUUAAACAGCUCUCUGCUUCCACAGUGUCUGGUAUUUAAGGGUUACAACUCUUUUUCACUUUCUGUUCUGGUAGUCAUUUCUCUCACUUGUGUGACUUCACCACAACAAACAUUUCUUCAGCUCAGACAGUUGUCACAGCUCUGGAUCAGUUCCAUCCAAACAGUCUGAAACACACACACACACACACACCAGGUUCCUUUUGGACACCUGUUACUCACAUGGUGGUGUUACAACUACUAACAUAUUCAGAACAAGUGGUUGAAGUAAUUUCUCCCCCCUUUUAGAAAAAAAUCUCGUUCUGCAGUUGCUUUUACAAAGCAAACAUGUAGCAAUUAGGUGCAGACGUUGAAGUUAAUGCAGAAGAAAGUCCGGGCCAGGAAAAAGCUCAGAGCAGAAAGUCAACAUCAGCCAACCACAGCUCACUGUUGAAGCCUCAGACUUGGCCACGGUGCUGCAGCAGAAACAUCUCGCUCCAGGCCUUUGCUUUGGAGCUCAAACAGACGGUGCCAAUAUGUAACCCUACACCCAGUCUGGAUGAGUUCAAAUCACACUAAAGGUUAUUGUCUUUGUUAAAAAAAAAACGCCUCUUAGCUUUAAAUUACAGAUCUGCGGUACCUCGGGGGGCAGUGAGUGAAACUCUAUCUGUGUGCUAUUUGCAUUGAUUGGAGCGAGUUCCGCUCUGUGGGUGUGAGAACAGCACAGUGUCUGCUGUGAGCUGGGUGUGCUGCACUGGUUCAGUCAGACAAACGACGAACGAUUCCAGGAUGGAGUGAACCGUAGUGAUGAGAAAAGUAUUGACCACAGUGUCAUUAAAUGUCAGUUACUGGUGUUGGUUUCACAGUCGUGUCCCUCGUGUUGUUUUCUCAUCUCCAUCUAACACUGAAUGUUCCAUAACCACAGACACAUGUCAAGUCCAACCCUCUGUUAAAACUCAACUGGACUCCAUCAGGAAACUGCAGCUGUUUGUGAUGAGGUUCUUGGACAUUCCGAGUCGAGGAGAAGUAGGCAGUUCCUCGUCCCUGGAAUGUUUUGCGACACGGUUCCACUUUUGUCUCUUACGCUCAUUUUUGAAGACGAGUGACUGACGUGAAUAAAAAGGUGAAUGUGGUGGUGUUUGGUGUAACUCUAGGCAGCUGCGAUGUUGUCUUUACAGUCGGUGGGUUCUUAGUACCAGCAGACUGCAUACAUACGUAUAGAUUUAUCAGACAAUGGUUGUGACAAGUGCAUUUGUUCUCUCUCAGAGAGUAGUCAUGUUAUCUUGGUAGUGAGCGAAGCCCAGUGAUUUAAAAAGAAAAAACACAAAAAAACAUAUAUAUACUAAAGUGUAUGAAAAAGCCAGAAACAA